AUGCACAAGCUUACAAUACUUGCAGGCUUAUGUUUGGUGAUCUGCGAUAUUGGAUCUGCCAGCCAAAUGGUGUGCUACUUCACAAACUGGUCCCAAUUAAGGCCUGGUCACGGGAACUACACUAUGGAGGAUUUGGACCCCUUUCUCUGCACCACACUUGUCUUUGCCUUCGCUUUCAUCGACCACAACAAUGAACUUGUUGCAUCUGGGUGGAAUGAUAAAGUUCUUUACAAAUCUUUCAACGGUCUGAAAACCAUGAACCCUCAUCUUAAGACUUUCCUGGCAGUUGGUGGAUAUAACUUUGGUUCAAUACAGUUUUCAAAGAUGGUAUCUAAUGAAACUAAUCGUCAGAAAUUUAUCCAGUCCUCUAUAAAAUUCCUGAGGGCUUAUGGUUUUGAUGGUCUGGAACUGAGUUGGGAGUAUCCAGGAACUCGUGGAAGCCCCCCAGAUGACAAGCACAGGUUUACUUUGCUCUGCAGGGAACUUGUCCAGGCCUUUGCUGCUGAGGCCAAUGCCACUGGUGAAAUUCAACUAAUGUUGGCUGCUUCAGUGGCUGCGCGUAAGAAGAUAAUUGAUGGAGGAUAUGAAAUUGCUGAGAUUGCCAAGGUACUAGACUUCAUCAAUGUGAUGACCUUUGACUUCCAUGGAAGUUGGGAACGCAUCACUGGACAUAACAGCCCUCUGUUUCGUGGCUCUGAGGAUUCCGGUUACCACAUCUACUCUAAUACUGACUAUGCAAUGCGAUAUUGGCGAGACAAUGGUACCCCAUUGGAGAAAUUGAGGAUGGGUUUUGCUGCAUAUGGUCGCACGUUCCAUCUGACAUCAUCAGAAACGGGAGUUGGCGCCCCAGCUAGUGGACCUGCAUCAGCUGGUCCAUUUACAAAUGACACUGGGUUCUUGGCCUAUUAUGAGAUCUGUACCUUUGUGAAGGACACUACCAUCAAUUGGAUCGAAGACCAGAAGGUUCCCUAUGCCACUAAAAACAAUGAGUGGGUAGGAUUUGACAACAGGGAAAGCUACGAGACUAAAGUGCGUUACUUGAAGGAACAGAAGUUUGGCGGUGCUUUUGUGUGGGCCCUGGAUUUGGAUGACUUUGGUGGACGAUUCUGCGGAGAGGGCAAAUACCCACUUCUCUCGCAUCUACGCAAACUUCUCAAUAUUGAUCAUCCAGUCCCUGGUGCUUAG